GGUAUCUGUGUUUCCACAGCAACACAUAUUAAAUUACACGCAUGGUUGGUGGUGUUGGACUUUAAACGGCUGGAGGGACGGACUUCAGGAAGUUAAUUUCUUCUUCCUGGAAAAAAAAAGACUCAAGUACUUGAAAUGGCAAAAUUCUUCACACCAGCUCAAAUCAAUGAAUUCAAAGAGUGUUUCUCAUUAUAUGACAAGAAACAAAAGGGAAAGAUUGCCGUGAAUGACCUGAUCACAGUUAUGCGUUGCCUUGGUACAAGCCCCACACUUGGUGAAAUUGAAAGACAUUUGCAAGUCCACAAAAUUGAGAAGUCAGGGAACUUGGACUUCUCUACAUUCCUGACCAUGAUGCACCGACAGAUACAACAGGAAGACCCUAAGACAGAAAUUCUCGAAGCCCUAAGGAUGACAGACAAACAGAAAAAAGGAUACAUUCAAGCCUCUGAGUUGAGAGCCAAGCUCACCAUGCUGGGAGAGAAACUUACUGUCAAAGAAGUGGAUGAGCUGUUCAAAGAAGCAAACAUCAAGCCAAGUGGAAUUGUUAAUUAUGAAGAGUUCACCGAAAUGGUGACUCUGCCACCUGUUGAUUACUGAGAUGAGCCAUGGCGACGGAUAAACACUCACAGAUUGCUGCGUCCUGACUUAAUUUGAAUCGUUUCAUCAAGUUUACAAAAACCUUCAUGGUUUUGUCUUUGUUUCUAUCACAUUGAAAUUCAUCUCAUUUAGGACAUUAUUUCUUUAUUCUUAUCAAGCCCUUUAUGGACCAUCUUCUUCUUUUCCUUUGGGCUUGUCCCUUUAGGGGUCGCCACAGCGCGUCUUCCUUUUCCAUGUAUGCCUAUCUCCUGCAUCCUCCUCUCGAACACCAACUGCCCUCAUGUCUUCCCUCACGACAUCCGUCAACCUUCUCUUUGGUCUUCCUCUAGCUCUCUUGCCUGGCAGCUCCAUCCUCAUCAUCCAUCUACCAAUAUACUCACUAUUUCUCCUUUGGAUGUGUCCAAACCAUCGAAGACUGCUCUCUCUAACUUUGUCUCCCAAACAUUGAACCUUGGCCAUCCCUCUGAUGAGCUCAUUUCUAAUUUUAUCCAACCUGGUCACUCCGAGAGCGAACCUCAACAUCUUCAUUUCCGCCACCUCCAACUCUGCUUCCUGUUGUCUCUUCAGUGCCAUUGUCUCUAAUCCGUACAUCAUGGCUGGCCUCACCACUGUUUUAUAAACUUUGCCCUUCAUCCUAGCAGAGACUCUUCUGUCACAUAACACACCUGACACCUUCCUCCACCCGUUCCAACCUGCUUGGACCCGUUUCUUCACUUCCUGACCACACUCACCAUUGCUCUGGACGGUUGACCCCAAGUAUUUCAAGUCCUCCACCCUUGCUAUCUCUUCUCCCCGUAGCCUCACUCUUCCCCCACCACCCCUCUCAUUCAUGCGCAUAUAUUCUGUCUUACUUCGGCUAAUCUUCAUUCCUCUGCUUUCCAGUGCAUGCCUCAAUCUUUCUAACUGUUCCUCCACCUGCUCCCUGCUUUCACUGCAGAUCACAAUGUCAUCUGCAAACAUCAUGGUCCACGGGGAUUCCAGUCUAACCUCAUCUGUCAGCCUAUCCAUCACCACUGCAAACAGGAAGGGGCUCAGGGCUGAUCCCUGAUGCAGUCCCACCUCCACCUUAAAUUCGUCUAUCACACCAACAGCACACCUCACCGCUGUUCUGCUGCCCUGGUACAUGUCUUUAUUAUUCUAACAUACUUCUCUGCCACUCCAGACGUCCGCAUGCAGUACCACAGUUCCUCUCUGGGUACUCUGUCACAGGUUUUCUCUAGAUCUACAAAGACACAAUGUAGCUCCUUCUGACCUUCUCUGUACUUUUCCAUCAACACCCUCAAGGCAAAUAAAGCAUCUGUGGUACUCUUUCUAGGCAUGAAACCAUACUGUUGCUCGGAAAUACUCACUUCUGUCCUGAGUCUAGCCUCCACUACUCUUUCCCAUAACUUCAUUGUGUGGCUCACAAACUUUAUUCCUCUAUAGUUCCCACAGCUCUGCACAUCACCCUUGUUCUUAAACAUCAUCAUCACAUUUGAAUAAUAUUCAUGCAAUGUAUUUCGAUCAUUAUUAUUGAAAUUAAUGGCAGAGAAAAUGUUCGAGCAUCAGACUUGUAAUCUAGGGUUCAGGUAAAGGGUUCAAGGCAACCCAUUGUUGAAUUUCCCAUUGUGGAACAAUAAAGUACUUCCAUUUAAACAUAAUGUAUAAAUAUUCCCAUAAAUGAGGAAUAAAUUAUUCACUUUCA